UGAAAAACCUCAAAAAGUGCACAGCAAAAUUGCAUCCCUUGGGGGCUCCUCUCGGUGUGUUGGUGUACUUGUGCAAAUAAAUUGGCGAAAUUUAAUAGUACCUUUUACCUCAGUGCCAGUCUAAACCGAGGAUUCGAGAUUGUGUGGUCCCUUUCGAUAUAAUUUAGACCGAACAGACGGCCAGUCGGUCAAACCUAGUUCUAGAUCCAUCUCGCCAACAGAGAAUCAAGACCGCAGUGUGCUCAGGUGCAAAAAGUGCUGAUAAAAGUUCCGUCCGUUCGAACCACCCCUCACUCUUAAUUCGGAAAAAGUAGCAAUGGCAUACAAAAACAAACUGAACGAACCGCCCAACAAAUUGGAAUCAGAGAAGAGUAACGAUUGCAACAUCAGCGGCGGAGUUCAGACCUCGGUCCGGAACGUGUCGUCCAAUCGUAUGGAAGUAGUGAAGAAAGUGUUCGCCGUGUUCCUUAUCGGUUGGCUUCUACUGAUCGAUACUAGCGGGGUCUCCGGUCGAGCUCCGGAGGAUCUUGACAAGCAGCAGCUGGAACUGUUGAGAAACGCCUUCAACGCGUUCGAUCAGGAGAAGAAGGGAUGCAUCGGCACCCAGAUGGUGGGCACCAUCCUGAGCAUGCUGGGUCACCAGCUGGACGACAAGCUGCUCAAGGAAAUCAUCGACGAGGUGGACGCUGACGGUUCCGGAGAGCUGGAGUUCGAAGAGUUCGUUACCCUGGCAGCCCGGUUCCUGGUUGAGGAGGAUGCCGAAGCCAUGCAGCAGGAGCUGAAGGAAGCCUUCCGUCUGUACGACAAGGAAGGCAACGGCUACAUCACCACCCAGGUGUUGCGCGAAAUCCUGAAGGAACUGGACGACAACCUGACCAACGACGAUCUGGACAUGAUGAUCGAGGAAAUCGAUUCUGACGGUUCCGGAACCGUUGAUUUCGAUGAAUUCAUGGAAGUCAUGACUGGCGGAGACGACUAAACCAACUCGCCUCGUGGUCGGUUCCCCCGUCCAACUCAGUGUACCAUCCAACUUUUGCUAGCUUAAUGUUCGUUUUAAUAUUUAAUUACCUUCUACUCUAUCUCGUUAAUGUUAGCUUAAAUUUCCACCUUGCUCUCUACUUAAGCAAAGAAAAAACCACGUUACCAAGUAAACGCAGUAGCACAGAAGUCAGUAUAGCUAGAAACAGAGAUAUGAAUGUACGUGUAGUAGACAGUGAAACCGUUGUUAGGAAUGGGCGAGAGCAAAGCUUUUAUUUGCUACCACCGAGGGAGAAAAUCGGAAAAAUAAAACAGAAGAAAAUCCAUUCGAUGCACACAGUACCAGAGCUUCAGCGGCCGGAAGUGGGGGGGUGGUUUGAAAUUAAACGCGUGGCCAGCAGUGUUUAUUGAAUCAUAAACUUUAAUACUGAAACUCAGACUAUUAAUUGCAAACUAUCUCCUCGUUCUUCGUUUCCACUAUCAUCUAUCGAAGCGAUUUAAACUUGUAAACUCUUCUGCCACCACACCCAAAAGCAGUUAUUCUCUUGAAUAACUGCACAGUUCCUGGGCUACGUCCGGCUCCGACAGGAAGCUAGUUUUCCAACUUUUUCGAAAACAGAACUUGUAUUGUUGUACAGAAUAAAAUCAAUUUGUAUCGGAUAAAAUCUAA